AUGUUGUGUGAACUGCCAUGUGAACCCCAGCGCCAUUUUUCAGGCCCACGUGAACCUCCCCUUCAUCUCAAUCCUCAGCAACCUCAGCUUAACAUUAUCCUUUCACAACCUCCCCUUGCUACUAUGCAGGGAACACACAUGCCUGUGGGGUUGAACAGCAGGCAGGAUCUCCACACUGACCGACUUAAUGCUGGAUCAAGUGCUGAUGCUCUCGGAGUGCUAGGUCUUCCCCGGGCCAGUCUCAUAGAUGACUUCAGUGCAGGGACUUCCACUACAUUUGACGGCACAAAUCAUCCAUUCACUGCUGAUACCACAUUUGACUUCUCAUCGCUUGAUGUUCCAUGGGAUGCUGUGGGCAGGGACUUCGCUCUAGGCAAUAAGUACAAUGGCCACACGGAUUUACCAGAGACCCGAGUUAUCCCCCCCAUGCCUGCAAAGACUCCACACCAACCUUCCUUUGGUGCUCAACCUGGUGUGCAAGAUGCUUUCCCAAGCCAUGAUGACAUGGGAGAAUUUUCAGCUGGUGCGCUGGUUGGCUGUAGAACAGAUGAGGUGAAUGUAUUGUUGGAGGAGAAUUUCAAAGCUAUCGAUGACAUAUUCAAUGAUCUCAUUGCAAAAACCAGCUUACCUUUGCAGCAAGUCUCUCAUGCAUAUCACAAGGCCCGUGGAUGA